GCAGACUGCGGUGCUUGCUCACCAUUCAUUGUGAUGGCGGGAGGUCGAUACGCCAGUGUCGCCGCGCCUUCUGUAGUGCGCGGUCGUAGCUUACCGUCCGUCGGUUCAUGCCGCUCGUCUGACAUUUGUGAGCACUGCGCAACCGACUGAUAUCGACAGUGAAGCCUUUAUUUAUAAACAAAUUGUAAUUAUCUGUGCUUUUAAUAUUUUUUUAACGCCAGUUUCAUUGAUGAUCAAGGGUUUAAAUACUUUGAUUGAGGAGUAUUAGUGACAUUCAAGAAGAUAUCGUAUUUAUUUAAUAUUUUACGUGAAAGCGCACGUGACGACAGACUAUUACAUAAAUAUUAAAUAGUAUGGACACAAAUUUAUUUGCAACUUAAUUGAUGAGUAAUGGUGUAAAUUGCCGUGGAAUAAACAAAUGAAGUGCGCGAAGACUAUCGUAAGUGCGUCUAGGAUUGUCGAGUAGUGUCGCGAUGGUAGUAGGUCGUAGAAACGUCAGCAUGAUGCGGUUAGGGCGCUGUGUCGCCUUCCUCGCUGCUGCAGCUUUCUUGCUGCCCUUCACGAUCCUGCUGAUGGUGGCAGACCAGCAAUACAACCUCACAUACAGUUCCAAAAGAGUAUUCUAUCAAGAGAGUGACUUCUAUAAAAUUAAUGGAACAUAUUACGCGCCUAUAUCCGCGAUAACGUCACCUACUAUGUCCAGGCCUAAGUAUGUAUUCGAGAACGGUUCCCGGAAUGACGGACUCCUGACACGGGAGAAGUUCAUGGAGGUGAACUCUCGAAUGGACGAUCGACGGGAGUUCUUGAAGACUCAGUGCAGUAAGCUUGGCCUGGACACCUCCAGUCACAAGUCUAACGCCUGGGAGUUCCUCAUUAAUAGGCAGUACCAUGUUAUAUGGUGCAACAUAUUCAAGGCAGCAUCAACAUCAUGGAUGUACAACUUCAACCUGAUGGCAAAUUACACUGCUGCCUUCUUAGACAAAACAAAAGAAGUACCAUUGCAAUUAGCAAGAAGGAAAUACGCGAGGCCCACCACAGAAAUGAUUAAAAAGGCCCAAGGGGACUCCAUCACGUUCCUCAUUGUCAGACACCCGCUAGAAAGAUUAGCGUCAGCCUACAACGACAAAAUUGUGCACGCGUGGCCAAAGUCCUUCCAUGAUAAAAUGGGUCAUAGGAUCAUUAAGAAAUAUAGAAAGCAAUCAGACAAGAGCCGCACGGAGAAGUACCCGGUGUUUGAGGAGUUCGUGUCGUACGUGUUGGACGAGGCGAAAGCAAAACGUUCUCUCGACAUGCACUGGACACCCUACACCACAUUCUGCACACCGUGCAAGUUCAAUUUCGAUGUUAUCCUUAAGUUUGAGACACUGGAUGAAGACCAACGGUUCCUGAUCCAGUUGGCUCACCUCCAAGACAUCGUGAAGCCUGAAUGGCGCAACAGCGGGAAGGGGACCAACACGCUGCAUAAUAUCAACCAUCUAUACUCGCGCCUCACGAGGCGGCAGCUCGACGGCCUUUAUGAUUUAUACAAGUAUGACUUCCAACUAUUCGAUUACACCAUAGACAACUACUACGAGAUGAUUAACCAAGGAGAUAAAGAAAGCAACCACGGAUGAAGUGUCUGUCGGUCGGUUUGAACGCUUCAAGAUAAUUUAUCAUUAACGCAGCAAGGCAUCGAAGGCUGAUGAAUAAAGUUUAUUCAUCAAUGGCUGGUAAGACUGAUCGUAACACAAAAUGAUUGAUGGACGUAAUAUUGAUCCACCAAGGGUACACCCCAUGCGUCAAUUCUCAAAUUUGUUAUCGCUGCAAAUAUAUAUUUUGUAAUACGGCGUUUCGUAGUUUCUGUAUUGCACUUUAGAAUAAAAACCUAGAUUUUUUUAACUAUCAAAACGCAGUUUUCUGUUUUCGUACACGGCUACGCCUGAGUGAAUGAGAAAAUAAGAUAAAUGUUAUAGAUAAAGCAAACUGGAAAUUGUUAACGGGUUCUGUAUCAAUCAUUUGUUUUAUCUUACGGCGCCUCAUCAAUCACCUUGUUAGUUUAAGUGUAAGUGUUAAGAUAACAAAAAUUACGAACUGUUGAGCUAAUCAAAAUUAUACGUAGAAGUAAUUAGCUAAUUUAGUUGUUAUCGACGCAUAGGACAAAUGUAAAUAAUGUUUUAGUUUUGUAACGCGAACAAAAUUCCUUAGUGCUUCCAUUAUAGAAAUAUGGAAAUAUUGUAGGUAACCUAUGUAUUGAUAUACGAAUUCACAAAGUAGGUUUAGUUAUGGCAUUUAAAGUUUAAACCAGGCUCGCUUGUUUCCUUUGCACCUUAUUUUAUUUUUAAGAGGCAAAGAGCCAAGAUGGCCUUUCUAGAUUUAGGAACUACCUUAAUAAUUGUUACCUACCGUUGCAUUUUAUACGUAAAUAAAUAAAUAUGAUAUAAAUAAAAUGUGAUAAUUUGAAUCAAAGAGUUUUGAAACGUUUAAUUUUGUUGUUGAGAUCAUUAAUUUGUUAAUAAAUAUUAAAAUCAAAAACAAAGCACGGGUCAGAAUUUUAUUAUCUGUUUCGUGCAUAAGAGCAUGAUCAAUGGUUUUUAAAUACUGUAUUUUUUAAUAAUCAGUUAUAUUUUAUUAAUUAGAUACAUGAUAUCUAACAAUAUGCCAUGUUGAUUUAAGUAGGUAUUUCAAUUGAAUUUUUUCAUUGUUAACAAUAUACUUUAUGUUAAAAUGUUAAUACCUAGGUAAAUAAUACACACUCGAAUAAGUUAACAAUUUAAUUGAGUACCCAAGUAAUUAAGUCCACCAAUAUUUAAUAUCAUUCAUAUUAAGAAUUGUUUUUGAUAUAACUUCUGUUAAAACCUGCAUUAUAUUGUAAAGGUCCAUUUAGUACCUAUUUCAUCUAAGUUACUUAAAUAAUUUCGUGUGUUUUUAUUUUAUUUAUUUUUUUGUUUAAAAUAUUCACUGCACUACUUCAAAAUAUUUAUUACCAUUGAUAUUUCAAUUUCAAUAACCUGAAAACUUAGUAUAAGUGUCUAUGGUAAGUCCAUAAACAAUGUAACGAAUCACACCAAUAAAAGAGAUCCUAUGUCCUUAACUAAUUUUAAUGGCCACCUGUAAAUAAAUUGCUAGGAUUUCUUUUAUUUAUUCCUAACAAUUUAUUUAGUUAUAGGAAUAUUCAUAUGAUUAAGUACAAAAGAUUGGUAAAUUAGUACGAAUAAAUGCGAAUUGAUUUCACUUUUAAAUUAAAGUUGUUGUAUUACAAAAUGUAGGUACAGUCGACUGCAUAUCGUUUGUAACAAUAAAUAAAGUUAUAGUGUAUUAGAGUUUAUUCUGGUUUAAUAUUAUUACAGAAUUUGUAUUUAGAAUAAUCCUGUCCAGCGUUUAAUGGAUUUGUUACCUUCAAUAAGCACUUGAUUGUAUUUGUAUUUAUCUAUAGUAUUCAAAGUUCAUUAUUGUAAUUUCUCACACUAAUUCCCCACUUACCAUAGCUGACUUAUAAUAACUUAACAAUUCGGUCAUGGUCAUUUAAGUAGACUAUGAUAAAUAAUUAGAUAGUUCUCUGGUUUAAUGAAUAUAUUCAUGAACACGUCAGUUUGACAUCGAAUGCUGCCUUUUGUCCGUACCUACAAUAUAAUUUUUUUUUUAAAUUAUUCUACAAAAAUCUUACAAUCAUAAACCGAUAUUAAUUUAGAUUGCUGAUUUCUUCACAAAAAGCUACCGAAUAAUACUUUUAAACGGCAGGCAAAACGCAGAAGUUGCUACAUUUAACAACAUCACUAUCAAAGUUGCCAGUAACAAUAAAACCUAUUUAUCUUUUUUUGUAGAAAUAAAUUCACUAGUCGUAGCUAACUCUAAUUUAAUUAGCCUUGAAUACGUUUACAUAAACCUUUUCCACGAAGUAAUUCUACAAAUAAUUUUCUUAGUGAGGUUUAGUGAUACAUACAUAGUUAAUACGGAAUGAAUUAGACCAAAAAGUAAUGGCCUAUGAAAGUAACUGCAAAGGUGCUAUAGUCCUAUAGUUUUGAUCUCAUAUCUGUAUGUGAGAUUCGAAUGCAUGCACAAUCGUUACUAAUUACGUAAAGCGUUAUAGAUUCCAACGGUAACUGUGUCGGUUGUGUUUAUAAUAAUGUUGAAAGAAUUAUUCUUAGUACUUAUAGAAAAAUAAAAUUGACUAUUUAAUA